AUGCACAGGUAUAAGGCGAAAUCGUCGCAACUACAAUCACCGGUGUCGUCGAAGCGCACAAUGGCCAACGAUGUCCACUGCGCACAGCCUGGAACGAGCAAGGAUAGCAGUUCGGGCGAGAACGGAGAGCCGUCAACACCGAAAUCCGGCCGAAAAUGGAAGAAGACGAAAGCGGUCAAACAGACCAGUAGCAGUACUGGCGGUGGCGCUAGUGGUGGUGUUGGAGGUCCUCCGAGUGGCGUCAGUGCCAGCAGUGCUUCCGGAACCACCUCAGUGGCACCGGUCCAAAACGUGCUCGGCGUUCGCUUAGCCGACUGCCCAACAUCGGGUCCUGAUGAUCUCGUACCAUUGUGUGUGCAAAUUUGCGUAAGUGUCGUCGAGGCGCACGGUCUGGAUACGGUAGGCAUCUACCGUAUACCGGGUAACACGGCCGCGGUGAAUGCACUCAAGGAGAUGUUCAGUCAUGGUCUAGACACGAUGACGUUAGAAAAC